AUGACCGCAUACCUGGGGAGCAAUCACUGGCAGACCGAGUGUCGCUUUCAAGACAUCAACCAGAUACCUGGCGGUGCGUCGCGACAAACUUACCUGGUGCAUCUGCUGAGCAACGGCCAACCGGUCCGUGUGAUUGUGCGACGCGACCCGCCCAGCUCACUCAUCGACACAGAACGUGCCCACGAGUACAACACCUACGCAGCCGUCUUUAACAAUGGCGUGAUGCCCGUACCGCAGCCAAUUGUGCUGGAGGAGACCCCUGGUGCACUGCAGUAUCCUUUUUCGAUUUCCGCCUUUAUCUCCGAGGGCAAGGCUUCCCCAGCCGGAUUAGAUGAACCUGAGAUGGCGGCAGCAAAACCCGCGCUGGCACAGAGAAAAUGGUCGCUGCUGGGCGCUUUGGCAAAACUGUCCCCCACCCAACUGGGAGUGGAUAGUUUUAUGCCAACACCAGAGCAUCCCGCAGCCCAUGAACUCAGUUACUGGCGCCAGGUGAUCGAAGCAGACGCCCUGCACCCACAGCCGAUAGCAGCUGCCGCGUUACGCUGGCUGGACAAACAUUUACCGGCACCGAGCGGAAAUCUGUCCCUGGUGCAUGGAGAUUUCCGCACAGGGAAUUACCUGUAUACACAAAGCGGAGAAAUCACCGCGGUGCUGGACUGGGAGAUGGCGCACAUCGGCGACCCCUUAGAAGAUCUGGCCUGGUCUUUAGAUCCACUGUGGUCCCCCGAUCUGCACCUGGCCGGGCGUUUAGUGCCACGAACAACCGCCAUCGAUAUCUGGGAAAAGGCCAGCGGCAUGACUGUCGAUCCUGAAACAUUUCGCUGGUGGCAGAUUUUCGCUUCGGUUAAAGCCCUGGCAAUCUGGCUGUCAUCUGCCCACGAUUACACGACCGGCACCACCAAAGAACCUAUUCUCGCGUUUGCAGGCUGGCCGAUGAUCGACAGACAGAACCGGAUUCUGCUCGACCGCUUAUCGCCAGAUUCCCAGCACCUGUACGCCGAGGCGGAUGCGGGGUUGAUCAGUGGUUUGCUGAUGGCGCUGGCACAGGAUUUCGAGCGGGCCGCUUUCAAUCGCAUGACGGAUAUUGAAGAAAUCCAACAGCUGUUCAAAGUGGCGUUGGACAGUAGUCAGAAUGUGCCGGCCAAGCAAGCCAUGGAAGCAUUUACCGAAGCCGCCCCCGCCUCGUUACAUCUGCGCGACCUGGAUCAACUGCAUGCCCGUGGCUUUGAACUGCUGAUCGAACUACAUACCUGGGCCGAAACCAACGAUGCGCAACUCAAUCAUGCCAUCUGGCAUAUCAGUCAGCUGGAUCUGGCACUACAGGCGGGCGUUUCCCAACGGCACGUGAGUUUUCUGGAAACCGGCCGCGCUAAUCCGAGUCGUGCAAUGGUGCUCGCGCUGGCCAACUCUAUGGAUAUACCGCUGCGUGAACAGAACAGCCUGUUACAAAGUGCCGGUUUCAGCGCAUCCUUCAGCAACGGCAACCUCGACGAAGCUUCCCACAGCUUGUUCCGCCACGCUUUGCAGCAGACCCUCGAUCAUGCCGAACCUUAUCCGGCUAUGGUGCUGGAUGGGAAUUGGAACAUGGUCAUGGCCAAUCAGGCGGCGUUGCGAUUCUUUUCGAUAUUCAUCGAUCCAUUUCAAGCGCUGCAGGACAUGGGCAACCCUUCUCAUUUCCAGAUUGUGCGUUUGUGUAUGCACGAAGCUGGCCUGCAGCCUUAUAUCGACAACUGGCAAACGCUGAUUGCUUCUUUCCUCGCCCGUGCCAGACGUGCGUUGCUGACAAACCCCCAGGACCAGCAACUGCCCAUUCUGAUUGAGGAAAUUCUCAACCAUCCACAGGCACCGGAAAACUGGCACCAGACCUGGAGCGCGCAACCCGCGCCAGCGAUGGAAAUGAUCAUGCACAAAGGCCAGCAGCGGUAUCGACUGUUUACCAUGCUGGCGCACUUUGGUGCGCCGGCAGAUGUCACCCUCGAAGAGCUUUCCGUUGAACUGUUUUAUCCUGCUGAUGAAGCUACCCGGACCUCCCUGGAGAGACUCGCUGACACCUGA